CUCGCUAAUUGGUAAUUUUACUUUGCAACCUGUAUCGCGUAGAUAUUGUCCGUGAUUGGUGGUGAAGAUCAAGGCUUGGCGUAUGUGUAGUUCGUCGUAUAUAAAUUGUCGAUAAGAGUUUUGUGACAAGUUAAGCACCCCCUACGUGUUUAUGCAAGUACAAUAAGUAGACACAAAAUUGCAGUGAUGUCUCGUGGCCGAGGUUUUAGUGGGAGGGGAAGUUCAUUCCGUGGGAGAGGAGGAUCAGAUGGUGGCAGCUGGGGUAGCGAGAGCAGCAGCCGUGGACGAGGUGGAUUUUCAGGUCCUUCAAGAGGGCGCUAUAGUUGGUACAAAGAACAUUCCUCAAGUUUUGAUUCUCGAAGCAGGUACCCAUCAGGUGGCGUAAGCAGCAGUAGUGGUGAUAGAUAUGGCAGUCGAGGUCGUGGAGACGACUCCAGCUAUCGCCGUUAUAGCCGUAUGGAUGGACCAGGUUACUCAACUCGUGAUCACAGUCACCAUAGAUCUCCAGAGCCCCAACGCAAACGUUUGAGGACUGAUCAUGAUUAUGUACAGGCCUCGUCUAGCCGCCGCAGCCACGAAGGCAGCUACGGGGGUGGGAGUGAUUACAGUAACCGUUACGGUUACUCCGAGGAGAAGGGAGGCUAUGCGGAUGAAAGGGGCCGCGGUUACCGCGAGGAGAGGCGGUCCGCCAGUAGUUUCAGAGACCGAUCAAGGGAGGAUUAUCCCCACAGAAAGGCUGAACAGCUGGAUUCAAGCAUGCCCCCACCCUCAAGUGCCCCCCCUCGGCAUCUUUCCUCCCCCCGAGGCUCCUUCAGGGGGCGCAUUAGCGGCAGGGGAACGAGAGGCAUGUCGAGAAUGAUUUUCCCCAGACGAGUCGACUCCUUACUCAUCAGGAAGAAAAGCAUUUUGGAUUCUAGUUACACCUUCCGAAAAAGAAUGUUAGCAGCAAGAUCACAAGUUGAGAACCUAAGGAGGCUCAGGCUUCAGAAGCUACGGAGGAUUAGGGAAGCUACAGUGUCUGCUAAAAGGGAUGGCCAAGGAGAGAAAGAAGGAUCUAAAGCUACUGAAGACAUCAGUGAUGAGGAUGAGAAAGAAGAUAAUUGGGAUGAAGACAUGGAAAAAACUGAUGAUGUUGCUGACGAUGAUGAAGAUGAUGACGAACUGGAGGAAGGUGAAACUCCCGACAAGAAAGAGAAGACGAAGGUAAAGGAAAAGAAGAAAGAACCAAAGGCAUCAGUCAAGGAUGAUGAAAGAGAGGAAGGUGAAGAGGUUGAUGAUGAGGAGGAGGAGGAGGAAGAGGAUGACGAAGACAGGGAUUCUGUCUCCGAUACAGCAUCACCCCCCAAGAAAUCCGAUGUGAAGAAUGAAGGAGGUGUACAUGUUACAAUUAAGCAAGAUUCGGAUGCUCGUGCAGUGAGUGAAGAAGGUCGCAAACGCAUGCCACGAUCAACAAUGAGUGGCAGGCCGUAUAUCCGUUUGAACUGCCCCCACUGUUAUGUUCGCUGCAUCACAUUCAAGGAAUAUACAUUACAUUUGUACACAUCAAAGCAUAUAAGUAUGAUGCGCAAACAGUCACUCAGACACAAGCAAACGCUUGCACGUAUGCGCAUGAGCCAGAGACAGAAGCAGAGACUUCUGGAGGAAAAUGAUGAAGUUCAUGGGAAUCUAGCACUUCGCUCAAAUUUCUGUCCCAUAUGCAAGCUGAAUUACAGGCAGCUGAAAAUAAAGCACCAGGCUUCUGAUUCUCACCGGGCCAUGAAAAAGUUCCUGAUGCCGUACUGCCGUGUUUGCCGUAUUGGAUUCAAAUCUCCUAUGCUGUAUGAAAAUCACAUUUGCUCCUUGGACCAUCUUAAGAGAAAAGCAAGACUUGAAGAGCGUAUGAUGCACCUGCGUGAUCGAAGCAGGGAUAUAGAGGAUGAUGAUGGAAGUGGAAUGGACGAUGACAAGGACUUGAAUAUGGACAACUUUAUGAUACUCGACUCUGUUGGUACUGUUGAUGAUACUGGUGAUGAAGGAGAUGGUGAUGAGGGGAAACCAAGAAGUGAAAAAGACAAGAAAGAGGCUGAAGAGAGGAAGUCAAAACCUGAAAUUAACCUUGGCUCGGAGUAUGUAAAGAAAAUCGAGGUGUACUUCUGUGAGUUGUGUCGCCUCUACUUGCCACGGUUGGACCAACCAGAGAGAGCACUUUCAAUUCACUGUCGCACUCGGACCCAUCUGCAGCGAUAUGUCCGUUACCGUGAUGAUAGAGCACUAAGAAACAAAGCAGAGAAGAUACAUCAUCGCAAGGAGGUUGCAAAAGAAAAUGCUGCAAAGGAGGCAGAGGCUAAGAAAAACUUGGAAGAAAAAACUGAAGGUCAAGAUGAGAAAAAAGGUGAUAAUGGCGUUUCAAACGAAAAGGAGGCUGCUGGUAAAGUAUCCGUUAAUGAUGACACUGAGGCAGGCACAAAGAAGAGCAGUACAGAGGGGAUGGCAGAGUUGUCACAACAAGGCCGUGGUACGUCUGCGGAAACUACUGGAGAUGGAGGAGCAGAGGGUGAUGGAGAUUUGGAUCAGGAUCUAGAAAGUGGAAUGGAUGACAAAUUGUGGGCAGAUGUUGAUAAGGAUCUUGGAGAACUGCUGCGUGAAGUGGAGCCCGGUAACAAGUCUUCAGAUGAGGAUGAUGAUUCACAUGCUGAAGGAGGACGAUAUGACAGAUUUAGAUACAGUGAAAAGGGAAGUACAGCCACUGCAGAUCCACAUGCUGAGGGAAAUUCCAACAAGGCAGCAACAGAGGCUGAUGAAAUUGUAACAAAGUCUGAUGCAGGAAAAGGUGCAAAAGAAGUUGCAAAUGCAAUGUCACCUAUAGAGGAUAAGAAACAGGCAGUGAAUGACAUUCCUGCUGCUGCUGCUGAUGCAAGUAACUGAAGGGUGUUGUCAUUUAUUUUAUCUUUUCCACGUUAAUCAUAAAAUACUGCUUUAUAUUUGCACAAUAUGUUGUUAAAAAUAAUAGAAUUAUGUUUAGUAGUUGUCAUUUGGCAAGUCUGAAAUAUAAUUAGUUCAGUGAAGCAUUUUCUUUAGCUGUCUUAGCUAUACAAAUUAUCUGUGUAUUACCUGUUAACAGACAAGUCUAUAGCCAAUAUAAAUGAGAAAGUCAUGGUUUUUAGGGUAACUACCAGUUACGAAAAGGGACAUCUGUUGUGAAUUCAUAGAUUGUAUCCCUUUACAUGUGUGUUAUCGAGAGCUGUAGUUUAAGUUCGAGAUUCAACCUAAGUGGGGUAGUAAAGACAUAAAUUUCACUCAUAUCCAAACUUUAUUUGGCGGAAGGUGUAUUUGUAUUACCUGUCUGUUGAGCGUGGCUUAAUGCAAAUGCUAAAAUAAAGUAAAAUAUGCAUGCUUG